CCAACGUCACUCAAGGUGCAUAGCCAAUCAGCUGUUGCGAAGGAAGAGGGGGCUUGUUUUUGAAAAGACGCGCUCGUCUUGGGAGAAAAAGUAGCGGUGGCUUAACGUUACUUGCUAACAAGCCGCAAUUGCAAAUGUGAGACAAUUAGAGUCUAAGAUCAAUACACAAUAAGAAGAGUCAUGGACGUGUGCAGCCAUGUCAAAGUGGUUGUUCGUGUUCGGCCAACUAACGACAAUGAGAAGUGCGAGAACUUCAGGAAUGUGGUCCAAGUUGUGGACAACCACAUGCUAAUAUUUGACCCCAAGGAACAGCAAAUGACAUCUUUCGGGGGACCAAGAGUUCGAAACAGAGAUGUCAACAAGAGAGCCAAUAAGGACCUGAAAUUUGUCUUUGAUCAUGUUUUUGGGGAGGAUUCUUCUCAGGUGGAUAUCUUUGAGAACACCACUAAAAGGAUACUUGAUGGAGUGUUGAAUGGCUUUAACUGUACAGUCUUUGCUUAUGGCGCAACAGGAGCAGGCAAGACACACACCAUGUUGGGCUCAAGCAAUGACCCGGGUGUGAUGUAUCGCACCAUGACGGAGCUCUUUAACCGAAUGGAUCAAGUCAAGGAAGAGAAAAUAUUUGAUGUAGCAUUUUCUUAUCUUGAGGUCUAUAAUGAGCAGAUCCGGGACCUCUUGGCUAAUGUGGGCCCUCUUGCAGUGAGGGAGGACCCCUCGAAAGGAGUGGUUAUCCAAGGCCUUACUCUGCACCAGCCUAAGUCUGCUGAGCACAUCCUUGAAGCUUUGGAUUAUGGCAAUCGGAAUAGAACGCAGCACCCCACUGACAUGAAUGCCACCUCGUCACGGUCCCAUGCUGUAUUUCAGAUUUACUUGAAGCAACAGGACAGGACGGCUAGCCUUAAUCCAAAUGUCCGUGUGGCCAAAAUGAGCCUGAUUGACCUCGCUGGCUCCGAGCGAGCAAGUGCCACCAAUGCAAAGGGAGCACGUCAACGGGAAGGAGCUAACAUCAACCGUUCACUCCUUGCCCUGGGAAAUGUCAUCAACGCUCUGGCUGACCCUAAGAGUAAGAAAGCCCACAUACCAUACAGGGACAGCAAGCUAACACGACUCCUUAAAGAUUCUCUUGGCGGGAACUGCAGGACGGUCAUGAUCGCCAACAUUAGCCCCUCCUCCAAAUCUUAUGACGACACCCACAACACACUGAAAUACGCCAACAGGGCCAAAGAGAUCAAGUCAUCGCUCAAGAGGAAUGUUGUCAGCUUGGACAGUCACAUCGGCCAGUAUGCAGUGAUAUGUGAGAGGCAGCAAGAAGAGAUCGUUCAAUUGAAGAAGAAGUUGAAAGAAUAUGAGGAGAGGAAGAUGGACCCUCUUGUUCCUGGAGGCUCUAAUGCCAUCUCCAGUCAGAACCAAACAGAAAUUCACAAGGUGUCAGAGUCCCUACAGAGCAUUUUCUCCAGCCGUACUCGGAUCAGGAGGGAGCACCUUGUUCUGGAGCGCCAGCUGAAGGAGAACGAGUUACGUCAGCGCCACAGCGAGGAGUGCAACCAGCAGGCCCAGCUCUUCAGUGCCAAAGACAAGACUGAGAAGGCCACCUGCAAACAUGAGCGCAAGCUGGCUUCCCUGCUCACACAGCAGCAGCACAUCCGCAAGAGGCUGGAGGAGGCUGAGCUGCGCUUCCUUGAGAACAACGGCUUGCUGCACCGCGUGGAGAAUGACAUGAAGCUACUGGGACAGGACUCCCAGCCACCAGUGGUACUCCAGAAGGACCUUCGCUGCCACAGGCUCCAGCUACAGGUCGAGGACCUCAAGCAGCACAUUGAGCAAAUGACCCACCUCAUCGGCAUCCAGGACCAGGAGAACAAACAGACUAAAAAAAUGGUGCACAUGCUGCUGCCUGCCUACAGCAGACAAUACUGGACGCUGAGGGGGUCGGGCCUGGUCACAGCUGCCGACGAGGCUGAGAACCAGGACCUGGAGCACCUGGUCCUCAGGGAGAGGGGUGUGGUGUGGGCCGAUCAGGAGAAGGCCGGGGAGCAGAAGGACGAGGAGACCCAGGCUGAGGGUUCCAGGCUUAGGCCAGAGCUCGUACCUAUCCUGUCAUUUUCACACCUCAUCUGUCCCCAUCAAAACAGUCCCUGCAGUAGUGCUGAGAAACAUAAGAGGAGAGUCUCUCUGCGCCUUCAACCCAAUCCAUCAUCGAAAGGCCCAGCGGCCCAGGUGACAGUGAUGGAACCAAUUCCCAAGAAACCUACCAGGAGGAAGCUGGCAGUGUCUCCACCAAACCCUGGGAGUGUUGUCUCCGCCUCAGCGCAGGUUCCCAUGGUCCUCCAGGAGGUUUUAAGACAGGAGGGGAUGUUUCCACUGCUCUACACUCCAGAGGCCAGCAGUACACUCAACAGGCCUUCACUCCUGCCUCUCCAGCACUCUGCAGUCAAUGACCCCAACAUGACAUUUGACAUUGAAGAUGGAGACAAUGAAGCAGCUCUUGCCAACGCUACUGCCAUCCUUUACCAAUGUAGCCCCAAUCAUCAGGCUGAGACUUCGUGCCCCUUGAGUCCAAGCCAACAGCAGGCUCCCCGAGCCAAUGACAUGAGCAAACCCCCCAAAAGACUGGAGAUACCAUCUCUGUUAGACAUCCGACGUGGCAAGACCUACAUGGCCAUGACUUCGGCUGCGCAGGGCAAACGCAAAAUAAACUGCAGCAGCAGAGAGCAGGAAAUCAUUUCAGCACCCAAGCGCACAAAGCAGGACCCCACAGUAGUAGCAAGCAGACCACUAAGAGUGCGUCGUUUUGCUGGGUCAGAGGAGAACGAGCCCAGAAGAGUUAUGAGGAGUGUUUCUGAGGGGAAUCUCCACCUCGUGGAUGUUCAGAGGAAAAAGUCCAUAUUCUAUAAGACCUCCCAGAAAUUCAAGAGUGUGACAAAGAGGAUGUGAGACCUGCUUUUGACCAGAUGUUGCUGAUGUCGUGUAGAUAUUGGGGAAUUGUGUAGCUAUGGAGAGAGAAAUUAAGUCCUAUGGAUUUCUUGAAUCGUUUUUGCUUGAAUUGUAUGAUUCUGAAGUUGUUCUUUGUUUUAUUUUUGGUUGUAGAAUUAAUGUUUUUACAUUUAUUUCCUACAUUAACAUUUGUUGUACCAAUAAUUUGUUAUUUAGUAAUAAAAUGUUUAACUAAUGUGGAUGGUUUUUACCAUGAAUAAUUCAA